CAGUUCGGACACGCUGGGUCGGGUGUGGUGCCCGGCCUUCCCUGCCCCCCCAGAGCCCGAGACCUCCUUGGCACUGCUUGGCAGGCUCCCCCGCUCCGGUGCGCGGCGUCGGGGUCCGCGGAGAGGCGGCGGGGAGCAGCGCGGGACCUCGGCUCCCCCCGGCGGUGCGUGAUGGGCACCCCGCGGCGCUUCAGCCGGUGUCUCUCCUGGAAAAGAAUCCUGUGCAUCUGUUUCGUGCCACUUAUCUUAUCAGGUUUUGCUCCCCGAGUGAAAGAUAAAGUGGGUCUUAUAUAUGCAAAUGCACAGCUACAGCCAGCCCCGUACAGCAUGUUUAAUUGGUCUCACCUGACCCCCCUCACACUGAAGGACCGAUCUGUGGGACUUGAGACUGAAAGCAGAGUCGGAAGUAAGCCAUACUUCACCCUGGGGGGUCACAAGUUCCUGAUUUUCGGGGGCUCCAUCCAUUAUUUUCGGGUGCCCAGGGAGUACUGGAGGGACCGCUUGCUGAAGCUGAAGGCCUGUGGCUUCAACACCCUUACCACCUAUGUUCCGUGGAACCUCCAUGAGCCAGAAAGAGGCAAAUUUGACUUCUCUGGGAACCUGGACCUGGAGGCCUUUGUGCUGAUGGCUGAGGAGAUCGGGUUGUGGGUGAUUCUGCGUCCAGGCCCCUACAUCUGCAGUGAGAUUGACCUUGGAGGCUUGCCCAGCUGGUUGCUGCAAGACCCCAAGAUGAUAUUGAGAACAACCUACAAGGGCUUUGUUGAAGCAGUUGAUAAGUAUUUUGACCACCUGAUUUCCAGAGUUGUUCCUCUCCAGUACCACAGGGGAGGCCCCGUCAUUGCAGUGCAGGUGGAGAAUGAAUAUGGUUCAUUUGCCAAGGAUAAAGAUUACAUGCCUUAUGUUCAAAAGUUUUCUCAACAGGCCCUGCUGGAAAGAGGGAUUGUGGAACUGCUCAUGACCUCGGAUGAUACAGAAAAUGUGCUAAAAGGCCACAUAAAAGGAGUUCUGGCCACCAUCAAUAUGAACACAUUUGAGAAGAGUGCUUUCAAGCAGCUUUCCCUCCUGCAGAGCAAUAAGCCCAUUAUGAUCAUGGAAUUCUGGGUUGGCUGGUUUGACACAUGGGGAGGUGAACAUAUGGUUGGUAAUCCUGAGGAUGUUGCGGAAACUGUGUCCAAAUUUAUCACAUCUGAGAUCUCCUUCAAUGUAUAUAUGUUUCAUGGUGGAACCAACUUUGGUUUCAUGAAUGGGGCCACAUAUUUUGGGAUACACAGAGCUGUUGUCACUAGCUAUGACUAUGAUGCUGUGCUGACAGAGGCUGGGGAUUACACAGAAAAAUAUUUCAAGCUUCGAAGACUCUUUAGAUCUGUCUUAGCAGUGCCUCUGCCCCCUUUACCCAAGCUCACUCCCAAGGCUGAGUAUCCUUCUGUGAAACCAUCACUUUACUUGCCACUGUGGGAUGUCCUACAGUACUUAAAUGAGCCAGUUAUAUCUAAUACACCAGUCAACAUGGAGAACCUCCCUAUAAACAGUGGGAAUGGCCAGUCCUAUGGAUUCGUGCUUUAUGAGACUUCCAUCUGCUCUGGAGGUUCUCUCCAUGCUAAUGUUCAAGAUACAGCACAGGUGUUUUUGAAUGAGAUAAGUAUAGGACUUCUGGAUGAUCAUACUAAGAAGCUGAAUAUUCCUAAAAUCAAGAAAUGUCAACUUCUAAGGAUCCUGGUAGAGAAUCAAGGACGAGUCAAUUUUUCAUGGAAAAUUCAAGAUCAGCGGAAAGGAUUAACUGGAUCAGUUACCAUCAAUAACGUUCCCCUGAAAGGUUUUGUUAUCUAUUCUCUGGAAAUGACAAUGAGCUUCUUUGAAAGGCUCCGCUUUGCCCCUUGGAGGCCUGUCACAGAGAGCUAUUUGGGCCCUGCCUUCUACCUUGGUACCUUGAAGGUUGACUCUUCACCCAAGGACACCUUCCUGAGUCUACUGACCUGGAAUUCUGGAUUUGCAUUCAUCAAUGGACGUAACCUUGGGCGAUAUUCAAUUAUUGGACCUCAGGAAACACUUUACCUUCCUGGUGCUUGGCUUCAUCCAGAAGACAAUGAGAUCAUCCUGUUUGAGAAAAGGAAGAGUGGUUCAUACAUACAAACUACAAAUGAACCCAUGCUGUAAGACUGUGUUAUGAUACAUUUCUAGGAUUGUUAGAUUUCAUCUACAAGCAUUUUUUUUAGUAGGAAGAUUUAUGUUGAGAAUAUCAGUGUUGCCUACAAUAGCAAAAAAUGUAAAAAUAACCUAAAAAAUAAAAAAGGAAAUUGUUAUGAAUAUUAUAGUAUAUCCACAUGAUGUCUAUUUUUAGGCUUUAAGAAAUCUUCAAAAUAUUUAAUGACUGAUUUACCUAGUUAAAUACUAACCCUUAGCAUAUUCUUAUUCUCUAAUCAAAUGUGCCUUUAGGCAGAUAUGA